UAUUGUUGCUCACAUCUGAGCAUUGGACACAUAGCCGUAGCAGGUUACUUCGCUUGCAUCGGUAGCAGCUCACUAAGUGUCUGCAAAAGAUCAGUCAAGCAAGGCUAGGGGGUGCCUUGCUGCAGCAGCUUCCUUCCUCAAUGUCUCCCUUGCGAGGCUGCUUUUCCUCCUCGGUCCAGCUGCGCCCACCUCUUAUCCCCAGGCCAUCCCUGUUUGGCCUUUUACUGCUUGAACUCCUUGUGCUGCUGCUGGAGGAGGAGGAGGAACAGCUGACAGGGAGCCCUCAAACUCAUACCUCUACCUCCUCCAAUACCAUCCCAGCUGAAGACCAUUCGGGGCAAGAAAAUGAAGACAGGGGGCGAAGACCAGUCAAUGAUCAACCUGUCAGUACAGCAGGUGCUGAGCCUAUGGGCUCACGGGACAGUACUGAGGAGCCUGACCGAGAUGUGGUACUGGGUCUUCCUGUGGGCCCUUUUCUCGUCUCUCUUUGUCCACGGAGCGGCGGCAGUUCUGAUGUUUGUCAUGCUACAGAGGCACAAGCAGGGGAGACUGAUAUGUGUGGUGAUGACCAUCAUUGGCUUUCUGGCUUCUGUCACUGGAGCAAUGAUAACUAGUGCAGCUGUUGCGGGAAUUUACCAGGUGGCAGGAAAAUAUAUGGCCCCUCUUGAAGCCUUGGUGUUUGGAGUAGGACAGACAGUACUGACAGUGAUUAUAUCCUUUUCACGGGUGCUUGCAACCCUGUAAGGUUCAUGAACUGGAGACGUGUAGUUUGAGAAGGAGGCUUUCUCUAGUAUAGAGUAUAACUCUUCUGAAAGCUGUUCACCUGAUCGUCCGGCCAGAAUUUAUGAAGGAUACAAAAAUGCACAAGUCAGGUAACUUCUGUGAUGCUGCUGUGUGGCCUGCUGCAGAAAGCGCACUAUUGCAGUGUUGUGAAGGCCUUGAAAAACUAAACAGUGAUACAGUGAAACUGAUCUCCUCAUGAUGGAGUAGCUUCUCAUUGCCAAGAUGUUGCACUAAUGAACUGCAUAGCACCUUAUGUGCCUCUGUCAUGGGCAAGGUGCGGUGAAUUUUCUAUAUUGCUGCAGGAAUAUGCACCUUGCAGAAGUGUCAUUGUGGCUCUCUAGUGGUGUGAACAUGGCGCCAUGUCAGUGGUGUUCAAUGCUCUUCUCCUGGAGUCUCAGACAUAAUAGAAUGUGAAAUGGUGUAUAACAUUUUAAAAAGUAUACACUCAGUGAAUUUGGGGUCUUCGAUUUUACAGUAAAGAGGACCGAAGACCAUUGCUGUAUAAACUGACACACAACAGGGUUGGAUUAUACAUGCCAAAAGAUUAUGUUUAUUUGUGAUCAUUUUUACAUUUUUGUAAUAGGUUACAUUGAAAAGUGUUUAUGGCUAAAAUGUAGUUUGAUUGGUGAGUCCGAAUCGCUGCAGAGUACAUGUUUUUAAGUGGAAUGAUCAUUUUUUUCACACUGAGCAAGCACAGCACCUACGAUGGGGUUGAACUGUUAGCUGGUCGUGGUCUACAAUAACCAUCACAUCAGUCAAAACUUGAUGGAUGUCGUAGCCCUUCAAUAGCUGCUGAAGGACAACGCAACUCCCUCCUAUCAUCUUUGAGCUUGGU